AUGCCCUUUUUUCCUCCAAAACUCUCACAGCUUUCUCUCUACACCACCCUUCUGCAACAAUGCUUGGAUUCGAAUUCCCUCCAAACAGGAAAGAUCCUCCACACCCACAUCCUAAAAUCCGGAUUCCUCUCCCUAAUCUUCCUCUCCAACCGUUUGAUCCAGCUCUACUUCAAAUGCAGUCGGGUUCCUGACGCUCGUAACCUGUUUGAUGAAAUGCCAGAUAGAGACUCCUUCACUUGGAACAUCAUGAUUUCUGGCUAUGUAAAAUCCAGAAACAUCGAACAGGCGCGUGAGUUCUUCGAUGGAUUUGUUUCUAGAAAUGACAUCUCUUGGAAUACCAUGAUUAGAGGGUAUGUUGAAGAGGGUAAUGGAUCCAGAGCACUCGAUUUGUUUAAUAGGAUGCUUUUGGAAGGGCAGAGACCGACUCACUUCUCAGUGUCAAGCGUUCUUCGUGCCUGUGCUGGAUUGUUAUGGUUGAAGUGUGGGAAACAAUUGCAUUGUCAGAUUUAUCGGUUUGGAUUGGAGGGAGAUGUCUUUGCAUGCACUUCUCUGGUCGACAUGUACUGCAAGUGUAGGGAAAUUCAAUAUGCUCGUCGUGUGUUUGAUAGGAUGACAGAGAGGAAUGUUGUUUCAUGGAAUGCGAUUCUGACAGGAUACUCCCAAAAUUCAUUGGGGGAUGAAUGUUUAGGAAUGUUUAUCAAAUUCUUGGAGUUUGGGCUGAAACCCGAUCAUGUCACGUUUGCGGUUGUUUUGAGCUCGACUGCAGCUUUAGCGAAUUUAGCACAUGGGAAGCAGCUACAUGGGUUUAUUGUCAAGACCCAAUUUGACUCCAAUGUGUUUGUUGAGACGGCAUUGAUAGAUGUUUAUGCCAAGUGUGGAAGUGUAGGUGAUGCUCGUCUGAUUUUCAAUAUGAUGGCAGAACGGAAUGCGGUUUCGUGGAGUUCUAUGAUUAUUGGGUAUGCCCAAAAUGGUUUUGGGAGAGAGGCUAUUUGUUUGUAUAAAGAAAUGUCGGGUUCCGGAAUCAAGCCAGGUGCAAUUACGUUCGUUGGGGUUCUGAUGGCCUGUAGUCACUCAGGGCUUGUCGAUGAAGGCCGUAGGUAUUUUGAAAUCAUGCGGACUGUUCACGGAAUAGAACCCGAUAAAACCCAUUACACAUCAAUGGUAGAUCUUCUUGGACGUGCCGGUUAUUUGAACGAGGCAGCUGAAUUGAUUGAGCAUAUGCCAUUGAAACCAGAUGCAGCGAUUUGGGGCGCAUUGCUAGGAGCUUGCCGGGUUCACAGGAAUUUGGAGAUGGGAAAGGCUGCAGCUUUGAAGGUGUUUGAAUUGGAGCCGCAGAAUGCAUCAGCUCACAUGUUGCUUUGUCACAUUUACACCGAAUGUGGUGUAUGGGAUGAAGCAGCGAAAAUGAGAACGAAAAUGAAGAAUUUGGGCAUCAAGAAAGAUCCAGGUUGCAGUUGGAUUGAAGUAGGCAACGCCGUUCAUACGUUUGUAGCAGAUGAUGAUUUCCAUCCACAGAUCGAGGAAAUAAAUCUCGCAUUGAAGAAACUGAUCGAACAAAUCCAAGAAGCUGGCUAUGUAAACCAUUUGAAUCUGACAUUUAGUUGUGACGGAAUAGAGGAAGGGAGGCAGUCGUACCAUAGUGAGAAGUUAGCGCUUGCCUUUGGGCUUAUCAGCACCCCUUCUGAGAAGGCAAUCAGGAUCAUGAAAAACCUACGAGUUUGCAGCGAUUGCCAUUCUACCAUGAAGUAUGUUUCUCAGAUUUCAGGCCGUGAGAUCAUUGUAAGAGAUGUCUGUCGGUUCCAUCAUUUUAGAGAUGGGAAAUGCUCUUGUGGAGAUUACUGGUAA